CGAGGGCAUUCUGGGUAAUCCACUGUUUACUUCCUACGGCGCGGAGCGCCGGCCCAGGCAUUCGCUGCUCGCCUUCCAGUCGGGGAAGAUGGCCCUGGAGACGGUGCCGAAGGAUCUGCGGCAUCUGCGGGCUUGUUUGCUGUGUUCACUGGUCAAGACCAUAGACCAGUUUGAAUAUGACGGCUGUGACAAUUGUGAUGCAUACCUUCAGAUGAAGGGAAACCGAGAGAUGGUCUAUGACUGCACUAGCUCUUCCUUUGAUGGAAUUAUCGCAAUGAUGAGUCCAGAGGACAGCUGGGUCUCCAAGUGGCAACGAGUCAGCAACUUUAAGCCGGGUGUGUAUGCGGUGUCUGUCACUGGUCGCCUGCCACAAGGAAUUGUACGGGAGCUAAAAAGUCGAGGAGUGGUCUACAAAUCCAGAGACACAGCUAUAAAGACCUAGGAAGAUGGAUUGCCACCAGCAUCUUUGCUCCCCACCUCCUGCUUCUGCUUAUUUUUGUUGUGGAACUAAACAAGCAGAACUUCAGCCUCUUAAUUGUGAAACAGCCUGUUCCUAGGUCAUUUUACAUUUGGACUACUGGGUUGGGGUGGGUGGGAGGAGUUUUGGGUUAUUGGAUUAACAAACUGAAUUGAGUGGUAAGUAGGAUGCUGGUUUUCCUACUCACAGCCCAGGGCUGAGCCCUUGUCCAUGGGCAAAACUGUCAAAUGCCAAUAAAUGUGAACCCCUAGGAAGGUUCUUAAGCCCAUGCCAGUUGCCUUGCCUCUCUCUUCCUUCCUCUUACCUGGUACACAUUAAAAACUCACACUGUAAGCACCUUCCCAGAGCAGCAGAGGCCCUUCUGCUCCCAGUUACCUGUCCCCUGUCUCGGAGCCUCCACAGUUGCAGCCUUUUCUAGUGUGCUUCCUUGGGUCUCUGCUGGCCUAAGUCCGAGCAACCCUUUCAGCAUGGUUGUCCUGAUGUCUGUCAGUUGUAGCCUACUGCUCUCUAAAUCUGGCUCAUCAGGUUGUCUUUUAAGGGUGUUUUCUUUUUUUCAUUGCUUUUCCUAUACCUUAGGCUAGUCAGGGAACCCCUGACCGCCUCAUCCUCUGUUCACCCACGUUCUGUAUUCCCCUAACGGGAGACCCUCAGGGGGCUGCUGGAUAUUGACCUGGUUAAACUCUGUGUCUCCGUAGGAGGUAGGCUUCUCCUCUAGUAGGGGAGGAAGGUGAGUUACUUAUUUUGGAAUUUUAAUUUUAUUAUAAAUUCUCAUUUACUAAAAUUUCCAUUAAAAACCCCUUUCAGUACCCCAUUUUGAUUUUCCUUAAGUUUCUUGUUCUCUGUAAAACAAGAAUUACAGUCUGCCUAUCUCAGGAUUUUUAGAUUGUAAAAAUGAAGCAUUGUGAAAGUUCUAUAACAUAAGUU